GCGAGCACGCACCAUGACCGCGCCGAUACGCGAGGACGCCGACCACGUGCACCACGGCGACCAUGUCGACUACGCCGACGAGCUGGCCCCGCAGCACGUCGUGAUCCUGUAUGCGUCCGAGACGGGCAACGCGCAGGACGUGGCCGAGCGCACGGCGCGCGCCUUCCGCGCGCAGCACCGCGAGGCCGUCCUCCUCAGCAUGGCCGAGUACGACAUUGCCGACCUGCCGCACGAGGCGCUGCUCAUCCUCAUCACGUCGACGCAUGGCCGCGGAGACCCGCCGCCUGCGAUGAGGGGGUUGUGGGAGAAGAUGAUCCGCGCGGGGUUGCCGGGGGACAUUUUGGAGGACGUCCACUACUCAAUCUUUGGCCUCGGCGACACGUCAUACGAGCGAUUCUGUUACGCUGGCAAGAUGCUCGCACGACGGAUGGACUCGCUCGGCGCGCAUGCCCUCACCGAGCCAGGAUGGGGCGACGAGCGGGCUCCGGAUGGCCUGGAGCAGGACUUCCUCCCGUGGCUUGAACGCACUGUCGCUGCCUUCCUCCCAUAUCUCCCAGGCCCGUCGACGCCGCCGCUGCCGAACACGGCCCUCCCACCACCCAUCUAUGGCUUCGAGGACCCGUCGGACUCCGAUGUCGACCUCUCACGCCUGGCAAUCAGCGACAAGGCUGCCGUCGAGCCGUUCGCUCCCGAGGGCUGGCUCAAGGCCACGAUCAGGAGGAACAAGCGUGUCACAAAGGACGACUGGUGGCAGGAUGUGCGCGAGGUGGAUCUCGAGCUGCAGGGCAGGGUCGCCAACUACCCCCCAGGCUCUGUGUGCUCGCUGCAUCCCCGGUGUAGCGACGAGGAGGUGGACGAGUUCCUCGAGAUGAACGGCCUCGUCGAGGAGGCCGACAAGGUCGUGGUGAUCAAGUCGAACCUUCCAGAGCAGGAUAUCCCCCCGCACCUCCCAUCAGGCCCGACGACGCUUCGCACCCUCCUAACGCACCACCUCGACCUGCGCCAGCCACCCAGGAAGAGCAUGUUCGAGUGGCUACGCCGCCUGAGCGCUGACGAGCGCGAGCAGGAGCGCCUCGACGAGUUCCUCGACGACCCGGACGAGAUCCAUGACUAUGCUUCGCGCCCCAAGCGCACCAUCGUCGAGACGCUCGCCGACUUCCGCGAGACCAAGAUCCCCCUGUCGCAUGUGCUCGAGGUGCUCGCCCCAUUGCGGAGGCGGCAGUUCUCGAUCGCCAGCUCGUUCGAGGCCCACCCAGGCCAUGUGCAGCUCCUCGUCGCUAUGGUCGAGUACAAGACCAACCUCUCGAUCCCGCGCCGAGGCCUCUGCUCCUCGUGGUUGCAGUCGCUUCCAGAGGACACGACCAUUGCGCUCGAGAUCCUUCCCCCGACGCUAUUCCUGCCCAAACCCGACGUGCCUGUCAUCCUCGUUGGCCCCGGAACGGGGGUGGCGCCCAUGCGCGCGUUCCUCGAGGACCGCGUGCGUGACGGGGCCGCGAAAGACACUGCGCUCUACUUUGGCUGCAGGAGCCUCAGCAGCGACUACUAUUACGCGUCCGAGUGGGACGAGCACCGUGCCACUGGGGCUCGGGUGCGCGUCGCGCCAUCCCGUGAUAGGCCAAACAAGGUCUACGUGCAGCACCUGCUGCGCGAGGACGCUGCGCUCAUCAACGAGUGGAUUGUCAAGCGCGGCGGCUACGUCUUUAUUUCAGGCUCGUCUAAUGCAAUGCCCCGCGAGGUCCGUGAAGCACUGGCAUGGUGCAUUAGCACAGAUGGAGCGGGUAGCCUGGAGCCGGAGGCUGCGACGGAGUACAUUGCGGAGAUGUUUGACAGUGGGCGUGGUGGAGAAGAGAGCUGGUAGAGGUGCUGC